GUCACCGAUUAUCAAAGGACCUUGGAAAGCUAAAGCAUUUUGAGAUGUGGAUCUGAUAUUCCACUUGUUUUCGGUCAGAAAAUCUGAACUACAUUCGGUCGUGCUUGAUUCUCAGCUGUGUGGUUAGAAGACAGGAAAAGCCUAAAUCAUCUGCUAAUCUACCUUACAUACAACGGUGGUCAAGAACUAACCCUGUUUCCUGUUUCUUUCUGGCCACCAGGUCGUAUAACGUAAGCGAACAGAAUGUGUCCUUGAACAAUCAAAUUUUUAUUGACGACCUUAGCUGCCAGAUGACGUGAGUAAAAGGACUUUUCUAUCCUCUUUUGGUUCCUUUCACGGUGAAAAUUACACGGGAUAGAAACUGAUAUUCUAUCAAAAUUUCACAACUACCACCAGAAGGAAAGGAAAAUAACCCAUUGGGAUAGGAUCCUUUCAGGUCGCGAGUCAUAAUGGAAAAGGGUAUGGAGAUUGCAGAGGACAGGAAUCUGGAAAAGGACAUUAAAGAAGAAAACAGUGAGGAAGGCGACGAAAGCAAAGAUGUAAUCAAAACUGCAAAAGCAAAAAGGGAGCCAAUGCGAAAUCUCCUGGCCUUCUACGCUUUCGGUGCGUUGAUCUACACGGUAUAUUCUGUCAUCAUUUCAGGCGCACAAGACAUUCUGGCGGGUACCUUCAUUCCAACUGCCGCAGUGUUGGUGACAAAUGUUGGUCCGUAUUUUCUUGUGACAAUGAUCGCGCCCUAUUUUAUACACAAAAUGCCGUACGUCGUGCGAAUAGUGGCAAUUUAUGCAUUUUUUACAGCAGGUCUGUUUAUCAUUGUUUACGCUAAAGAAGUCUAUCUGAAGUUAGUUGGAAUAUGUACGACCUCCCUCGGAGCCGGAAUUGGGGAAGUAUCGUUUUUUACAUUGACUGCCUAUUACGAGAAGGUUUCUGUUGCUGCUUAUUCAGCGGGUACAGGUUCUGGAUUUAUCUUGGGACCUCUUUAUUAUACUGGUUUGACAACAUGGAGUUGUGUAUCACCGAACAAUGCAAUGCUGAUAAUGGCUGGGUCACCUCUUCUCUAUCUAAUUUUCUAUGCCAUAAUGGAGAAAAAACAUUCUGUGGCGGCUGCCACAGCCGGGGAAUUAAAUGAAUCGGAGUCACAGGCAAACAUGGUCACAUGGAAAGAAAAACUUUCUACAGCUGGAAAGAUCCUCCCAUUAGUUGGAUCUCUGUUCAUAGCUUACGUCAGCGAAUACGUUAUCAUUCAAUCUGUUAUCACUACUAUGGCAUUUCCAAGCGCCCCUUUUCCGCCUAGAGUUCAUUAUAGAUACUAUAUUUUUAUAUUUUUGAGCGGUGAAUUUAUUGCUAGGUCAUACCUUGCUGUGAUCGCAUCCCUGAAGCCAAGCCUUGUCAAUGUGUUCGCGAUUAGACGUAUAUGGAUUUUAUCAUUAGUCUUAGUGGCUCAAUUAGUGUUUUUUACUCUAGCAGCGUGGUAUAGAUUCUUACACGACGUGUGGAUCGUUUUCAUUCUAAUUUUUAUCGCUGGUCUUGGCGCGGGUGCAGCUUUUACAAACGCUUUUGUUGUGGUGUCAGAGACUGACCCUAGAUUUAAGGAAUUUGCCAUGGGAUUUGCCACCAUAGGAAUGGGGGCCGGAACUUUUUGUGCUGGGGUAGUGGGACUACUUAUGGAACCAGUGAUUCGCGAUCACUGUUUACUUGUAUCAGACGUAGGAGACUAUUGCUUUACGAGACCUUUUGGCGGAUGGAAUCAAACCUUAAGUUGCUGACACAAGCUGCAUAUCGAUGGUAUGAGUUAAACGUCCGAGUGAGCCUAGUCAUGAAAAGGACUGAUGUUGGUAAUAUUGCCUGGCUGCCUGACUCUUCGUCAAACAAGAGAAAAGCCAUUGUCAGAAGACCCCCAAAAAGUGACUCAAGUAACUGUGAUGACGACUUGCGCUCAGGUUGUUGCGAUGAGUUGUCAGUCAUCGUAACGGACACCAGAAGACCAACCCUCACCAGGCAGAUCAACCCUCGCCUGGAUUGUCAGAUUACAUAAUCGUUCCUUAGUUCUGAGUUUAAACUAUUUUCUUUUAAUCUAGGCUUAUGAGACUUAUUGAUUAUGAUGAUCUAUUCUUGAAACUAGCCUCGCCUGUUUUUUGAAUCUCAUGUGUUUUAUCCCAAAUUUCACAUUUUUCGUUGCUGAAUUUAGAAAAAAAAUUGAAUUGUCUUUAGCGUAUUUACCUAGCAGUUAUAUGCAGGCACUCCAGCUGCUGUUUUCUCCUUUAACCAGUAGAAAAAAUUCUCCGAUAAUCGGCAGAUUAUUUGGCUGCUUUCCUCGCAGUGAAAAAGCUGUCUCGUUUUUGUUUUGGAGAUUAGGAAUAUUACAUUUUUACAUUUACCUGCCGGGGCGACUGACACGCUGUUCAGUUGAACAACUAUUUAUAAUUUAACUUAAUUUCUAAUGAAAAAGGGGAUAUUUGACGCACAAAUACUGCCGACACUGACUGUUUGUUUAAAUUUGCCACCUUAGUCUUUUUAUUUUAGAAUUACUUUUGAUAUUACUAGGGAUAUCUUAGACCUGGAUGUGUAUUAGAAUCGUUAAUGCCGAAUAUAAGGGUGUUUUUGUUACAACGGUCAGAAAAAUAAAUUAAAAAAAGACGACGAAAA